AUGGCAGCAAUCACUAUUCCCGCUCUCAAGCGCCACACUGCUACCGUUAUCUUUGCCCAUGGUCUUGGAGAUAGUGGUGCGGGAUGGCUUUUCCUGGUCGAUAACUGGCGGAAGCGGAGCAAGUUUGAAGAAGUGGCUUUCAUACUUCCCAACGCACCCAACAUCCCUGUUACACUGAACAUGGGGAUGCGCAUGCCUGGCUGGUAUGAUAUAAAAUCUCUCGACUCGAUAGCAGCGCGCGAAGACGAACCCGGCAUCCUCAAAUCUCGAGACUAUUUCCAUGGCCUGAUCGAGGAGGAGGAAAAGAAGGGCAUACCAUCCCAUCGUGUAGUCCUUGGCGGAUUCUCACAAGGAGGUGCCAUGUCUCUCUUCUCGGGCAUGACCUACCCAAAGAAGCUUGGUGGCAUUGCCGGGCUGAGUUGCUACCUGUUACUCCAGGACAAAUUCCGGGAUCUGGUGCCCGCAGAGAACCCGAACAAAGAAACGCCAAUUCUCAUGGAGCAUGGAGAUGCCGACCAGGUCGUGUUCUACAAAUGGGGCAAAUUGACAUCCGAGAAGCUCAAAGAAUGGGGCUGGACUGUCGAUUUCAAGACUUAUCCAGGUCUACCCCAUUCGGCCUCUCCUGAGGGGAUAGAUGAUCUUGAGGCGUAUAUCAAAGCGCGCAUUCCCCCAUUGGGCGACAAGAAGGCCGAAGAGACAUUAUGACUUCAUCGAUACAUGCAAUUCGAUACUUCUUUUUUCAUCAUUGUCGUUGGAGUUCUGCUACUACUAUACUGGAUGCUACGACUCUUGAGCCGUAAAGAGAAGCGUAGAUAACGAAACAACGAACCUAUAUAGAACACAAACUUGCUUAUAGGCAAGAUAACGUUAAUCACGCAUGAUGCAGUCUCCACACUAUGCCAG